UGCAAUAUGAAGAGCGACGAGAUCAUCGAGAAGAUACGCCACAAGCUUAAGGAAUCGGACCCGGCCCGACGUACCGUGGUCAACACCUUUCAGUUCAACUUUACCGAUGCGGACGGCAAUCUCAUCAAGAGCAUGGUCUUUGAUUUCAAAGCCCUGGACAUCUACGAAGGGAGUGCGUCCGGUGCCGAUGCUCAAGUUACCAUUUCGGAUGAGGAUUUCUUUUUGGUGGGCACUAAGCAGAAGACUUUUCAGGAGGUUUUGCAGGAGGAGAAGGCCAAAAUUGAUGGCGAUGAGGAAGCUAUAAACAAAAUGCUGGAAAAGUUUCGCAUAAACUCCAAAAACUAGAUAGGAAUAUGAAGUAAAAUUGCAUGCUUUUUGUUUUUUAGGUGAUAGUAAUCAAAGCUUCCCAAUCAUGUCUGCAAUCCCAAAAAAUAAAGGAACACUAUUCAUACCAUAUUGUUA